AAUAUAGCUGGCCAGAUGGAUUAUAGCAUGGGACGUCGACAUUUGUUCAUCAUGGACUGCUUGGUCUUGAUCAUGGUGGCUCUGAAUAUCAUAGAGGCUGCAACUGCCGCAACAACAUUCGAGGUUGGAGGCAGCCUAGGAUGGACCGUACCUCCGAACACCUCAUAUUACGCCACCUGGGCUAGCUCCAAGACAUUCGCCGUCGGCGACACCUUGGAAUUCAAAUGGAAUUCGACGCACAAUGUGUUGGAAGUGAUGACAAAGGCUGAAUACGACGGCUGCACAAAGACGAAUGGGCCAAUUUGGGAAACCAGUCCUGUAGUUACCACCGUUACCGCUGGCACGCGCUACUUCAUCUGCAGUAUCGGUUCUCACUGUGCAAGCGGCCAGAAGCUAGCUGUGACAUCCGUGGCAUCAGCCAACGCACCCCCAACACCACCUGGAUCCUCAGCCUCCAGCUUCCCCACUGCUUCUGUCGUCUUACCCGCAAUUCUCGCCACCAUGGCUAUCUCUUUGAUCUUCGUUAUCUAAGAUCGAUGCCCUUUUUCUUUAGUCUGUCUC